AUGGCCGACGAGCGCGACGUGUACCGUGCCGCCGCCGAUGAUCGAGACGCUCCUCUCCGCGACGAAGACCCCGGCCGCGCGAAACCGCCCAAGUCCCCGCCGCCUCAACCCUACCACACCGCCACCGCUCUAUCGUCCCUCGAAAGCCGCCUCGAGGAAUCCGAAGCCCGUCGUAUCGACUCCGAGGAACGUGUUCAGCAAUUGGAGAAGUUGGUGGAGGGUUUAUUGAAAAGCUCACCUGAACCAGCUGCGGCGCGGGCCGGAGUCUCUGAACCAGCUGUGGCGCGGGCUGGAUUCUCUGAACCAGCCGCAGCGCGGGCUGGGGAGUUUACGUUUACGCCGGUGAGAUCGGUCCCCUUGGACGUUCCCCCACACACCAUUCUGGAACGUUCAGGCAAUACCGCUGACCCCCUUGUUCGUUCCCCUGGGGGGGAAUCUCACAGCGCACGAAGGGACGGCCCUUCCUCGGCAGUAAUCAGCUCUCGUUGGAGAGGGACGUUACCUGACCGGGAAGGGCUAUGGACAGGGGAUAAUCCCGAUCGGUUGGUCACUUUCACUACAUUUGGGAAGUCGUACUUGUCUCUACUUUGCGACAUUUCCACCAGCGACCUUUUUACCACCGACCGCGUCAUCCAGCUUGUGGCGACCUUGUUCGUUCGUUCAACUUCUCCCAAGCGCCGUCAGUCUCCGCACGACUGGGCCGUUGAUACUAUGACGGACGCGCUCCGGGACGAACGACCUCACUGUUGGACGACACUGAUGACAGAAGUUGGACGUCGUUGGCCGGAUCCUGGCUUUGCCGACCGAGUGUCCCACGACUUCUACGGGUGCCGACAGUCUUCGUCUCGCGCCUACGACCAUGUGGGCGAAUGGCGUGCCCGCUACCGAGCGUUUAUGCACAACGACCCCAGCUUCAGCCUCUCGCCCCUUCAACUCGCCACAACCUUUUAUCAAUCGUUGAGUGAUGUGGCUAAGCGGGAAGUGCGGGCUGGUAUGCUGCGGGAAUAUCGGGAUAACUCACUCGUGACUAUAGGGAGGUUCGGACGAACUGUCCCGUCCCUCGAGGAGGUUACCGACUGGGCCGCCAUCGCCGACGACACCGGCACGACAUCAGUUUCGACCCCGCCGAUUCGUACGGCGACUUAUGGAGCAAUUGCAAAAACGCCACGCACCGCCCCAUCCACGCCGAACGACGACGCACGUACUCAGAUCCGUCGAGCUCGAUGGAUGAACCGCGCCGGUAAAUGGCAACAGGCCCACCUGUGGAAGGAUCGGAACACAUGGUUCUCGCCAGCAUCGGGUGGGGUACCCGCCAGCAUGGCGUGUUUUAAUUGCGGUCAAGGUGGCCAUUUCUCACAGCAUUGUACAGCGGAGCGACAAUCCCCCUCGACCGUCCAAAUAGCAGCAAUUGCCUUCGCCGACAUGGACGAGGACGAAUGGUCGUCGGCCUCAGGUGACGUUGAGGACCCCCAGGUGCGAUUCCCCCUUCCCCUCGAGACUGAUUUGACUCGACCGUCGAGUUCCGCAUCCGCCUUAGUGACGCACCACUCUUGCCCUCCUGCAGACCCUGUUGGUCGAGUGAAAGACGUCGCCUCUUCUUCUUUUGAAGUUCAGACCUCAUCAAGUAGUUCGCAUCCAACCGUGCCGGCAAAUGAUGCAGAUCAACAUCGUCUCGACGAUAGCCUGGCUGACAUCGCGAUUGACGCGGUGGAAGAUGUCUUGUACUACGCUGAUGCCGCGUCGCGCUUGUGUCAUUAUCCGGGGCCGGAAGUGGUGUCGUCUCGCAAGGCGGAAAGGACUGCUUCGGUGAGCUCUUUCCAGAUUCUUGUGCCGUCGGGUGUGUCUCUCUUGGCGUCCGCUGUGCCCCUGAUCGACAUCGACGAACCCGACCGACCUGUCGAGCCCGCCAUUGUACGCGCCCGCAACGUCAUCGCGUGGACGCUACCUUCUGGAAGGGUUUUGCGAUGUUUGAUCUAUGAGACGUUCACCACUACUGUCAGGAGAGGUUGAGAGUCGAACAGAAGUGAUCUAUUUCAGCGUACCUAUGAGACGUUCACCACUACUGUCAGGAGAGGUUGAGAGUCGAACAGAAGUGAUGAGAAGGAAGCUAAGAAACAGAAAGGGGGGGGCCACGCUGGGAUAGUCCCAGGCGCGUGACAAUGUACAUCCCUAAGUCAGCCGCGGGUGAAAUCGCCGGCGCGCCUAAGUCCCCACCGCAAGGGGGCGGGCUAGCGGGCGCGCGCAUGAAUCCGCCGGCGCUGGCGCGCUGAGGCAGUCGCGCGCGUCUAAGUCCCCACCGCCGGGGGCGGGCUAGCAAGUGCGCGCAACGACCGAGGCGCCCCUGUCGAGCUGAGAGUGGACUCUUCACAACAAGACCGAUGUCCAGCGCUUCCUCGGCACCGUCAACUGGAUGCGAGAUCACCUACCGCACCUCUCAAAGAUUUUGGAGCCGAUCACCGCGUUAAUGGCGCAAUCGACGUCAUGGCGUUGGAACGAGCGAGAACAGCAGGCUUUCGAUACCGUCAAGUCCCUUGUGCCCGCCAUCCUACGACCGAUCGAUGGCGCCAAGGUUACCUCGGGCGAGCACAAGAUGUACCUCUUCACGGAUGCCAGUCGGGUUGGCAUUGGCGCUUGUUUGGCGUCCGGGCCCAACCGUUCGCAGGCCGUUCCAACGCGAUUCUUUUCCGCUAAGUUCAACGGUGCUCAGCUCAACUAUCAUGUCACUGAUAAAGAGUUCUUGGCUGUCGUCUCGGCGUGUCGGGCGUUCGAGCAGCACUUGAUCGGUUACCCCUUCGUCAUCGUCACCGACCAUCAGGCCCUUCGCACGAUAAAAACCCAAAAACUGCGCCAAACGCCUCGGCACAUCCGCAUGUGUCUCGAACUUAGCCGUUUCGACUUCGAAUUUGAAUUCAUUGCUGGCAAGAACAACACCCUGGCCGAUUCGUUGUCGCGUCUGUGGGAGGUCAAGGAGGGAUCGCACGAGGAUCAGGUCAAGGAGAAUGAGUUGGAGGACAUGUUCUUUGAUGGAGAACGCCACGAAUUCACUACACCCGGUGAGAGCCUCCCUGAGGAACGUCCUUGCACUUCACCAUCUCCCGAUCGGUUGCCUCCUGUUGAUUUUGCCCUCGGGCCCCAACACGACGAUUGCGAGGCAGGCUCUCCCGGAUACUACGCGCUCAAGGAGGAAUCGCAAGACGAGGACGUGAAUGGACAGGAAUUAGGGAAUUUGUUCUUGAAGGAAGAAUGCCACGAGUUCAUUACGCCCGGUGAGAGCCUCCUCGAGGAACGUCCUUACACCUCACCUUCGCACUAUGAGAUGAUCACCACUACUGUCAGGAGAAGUCGAGAGUCGAACAGAAGUGAUAUAUUUCAGCGUACCUAUGAGAUGAUCACCACUACUGUCAGGAGAAGUCGAGAGUCGAACAGAAGUGAUGAGAAGGAAGCUAAGAAAUGGAAAGGUGGCCCGCGCUGGGAUAUGCCCAGGCGCGGGCGAAAUCGCUGGAGCGCUGAGGCAGUCGCGCGCGGCUAA